GGGGGGGGGGGGGGGGUCAACAAUGCACUAACAAGGUUUUGUACUUAAUCCAGCCAGACACUAUAUUCUUGAAGCUGGGCUGUGAUGCAUCUCUUUUGUGGUAAAAGCUACAGAACAGAGAAAACCUGCUAAAUUUGUGUCUCAGAUACUUUGCUGCCAGCAAGUGCCCACGCAUAGGCUCUCUCUCUCACACACACACACACACACACACACACACACAUCUGAAAGACUUUCAGAGAUGACCAGUUACGCAUGGUGGAGAUAGAGUGAUAUGACGUCCAGAGAACCCUUUGUGUGUUCCCAUCCCAAGCAGCAGGCAGUAAUUAAAUAUGCCACUUCUGCCUGACUGACUCAUUUAGUUCAUAAUUUCACUGCUGUGCUGAAUGCAUCUCACUCUGUUAAAAAGGACCACAUUGUAUUCGCAGGGCUGUGGCCUCAUUAGUAGGGCCAUUGGAUUUGGCGUGGGGGAGGGGGAAACUGUCCACAGAAACGUUGUGUCUCUUCAUCGUCAUGAUUCCCCAAGAUCCAAAAGCUAGGAUCCACAUAACUUCCGUGGAAUUGCAUUUGUAUCUCAAUCUAUCAUUUCAGGUCAUUGCUGAAAUGGUGUUGAUGAUUUGUGCAACACACAUCUUAUAUUAUGGCACUAGUAACUUCUAAGCAACUCUCCAUGGUGAGCCUCCAAAGUAUAAUUCAGAUGAUUACAGUAAAUUAUAUUGUGGUGUUGUUAUACGUCACAGUAUGGUCAGACUUUGCCCAGUUUGAGAUCUCGUUUUCAUUCUCCAAGACUUUCGACAGGAGCCAGCCAACUUUUUGUACAGUGGAGGCAACUGUAAGUGUUAAACACAACGAAGGACUGUAAGUUCACUUCCCCUAGUGCAGGGCUUAUCAGAGGCUAAGCCAGGGGAUGAAAAAAACAGCAAAGCCAGUCUCCCUCUAGCACGACUGCGGGCAUAAGGCCAUCUGUCCAUUCUCUGAAUACAACUGACAACAAAAGGGGGGGGGGGGGCAACUCUUCCCUCUCUCUCUCUCUCUCUCUCUCUCUGGAGCACUCCGACAGACACUGGACAUACUCUCUCUCUGAGGGGGACGAGAAGGACGAGAGGGGAAAAGCAACCUACCGAAGUCUUCUGAAACGGCCCAGCAGAUAUGCCAUGGAGAUAGAGCACACAGCACGUCUUGGGAUCUAUUGAGUAGUGUGUAUCUUUGUGAGGCUGUGAGAGGAGCAACUUCGUUGUCGUUGAACAUGAAUAUUAACGAUCCUGAGGGUGGAGCCUUGGAUGGCGGACUGAACGUGACCCUAACGAUACGUCUGCUGAUGCACGGCAAGGAGGUUGGUAGCAUCAUUGGAAAGAAAGGAGAAACCGUGAAAAAGAUGAGAGAAGAGAGUGGAGCUCGGAUUAAUAUAUCUGACGGCUCCAGCCCCGAGAGGAUUGUCACCAUCACUGGAGCUUCAGAGGUCAUCUUCAAAGCUUUCGCCAUGAUCGCCGAGAAGUUUGAAGAGGACAUAAACGCCUGCAUGAUAAACAGCACGGUGACCAGCAAACCCCCUGUGACGCUGCGCCUGGUCUUCCCAGCCAGCCAGUGCGGGUCGCUCAUAGGCAAGGGAGGCUCCAAGAUUAAAGAGAUCAGAGAGACCACUGGUGCCCAGGUCCAGGUGGCCGGCGACCUGUUGCCAGACUCCACGGAGCGGGCCGUGACCGUGUCUGGGACUCCCCAUGCCAUCACUCAGUGCGUGCGACACAUCUGCACGGUCAUGCUGGAGUCCCCACCCAAAGGAGCAACGAUUCCGUACCGUCCCAAGCCGUCCCCUGCAGGGCCUCACACUGUGAUAGCGCAGCCACAUGCAUCUGCAGCCUUCUCAAUGCCAGGGCAGUAUGCCAUUCCACAUCAAGAUUUGACCAAGCUUCACCAGUUGGCUAUGCAGCAUAUUCCCCUUACCUCCCUUGGGCAGAACAACCCUACCUUCCCUGGUAUGGAAGCUGCCAUGCCUACGAGUUCUCAUGAGCUGACCAUUCCGAAUGAUUUCAUUGGCUGCAUAAUCGGCAGACAAGGAAGCAAAAUCAACGAGAUUCGCCAGAUGUCGGGCGCUCAGAUCAAGAUCGCAGGGGCCACAGAUGGCUCAGCCGUGCGCCAUGUCACCAUCACAGGCUCGCCCGCCAACAUCAGUGUGGCACAGUACCUCAUCAACGCCAGGCUGUCCUCAGUGGUAGCUGGCCUGGGUGUGCUUUAGUAGUACAGAGCACACACAGUUACACAUUAAUCUCCUGACUGGAUUAGCCCACAGCCAAAUGGGAUUCUUACGGACUUGAGACUUCUCACGAAUGUCUAGCAAACAAACAAACAUGUGCAUUCCUGAACUGAUUUGAGAGAGAAACAAACAAAAAAAGAAAAAAAAAGAAAAUACAUCUGUCAAUGUCCUGUUUUCUUUUCGUUCAGUACUCAAGUAUUUGUGAUGUGUAGAAGGUACAAAAUGGAGACAGGCUUGUUGUACUAGUUUUGAUUUUAAGCCAUUCUUGUUAAUAUCGUCAUGUUUAUAUUGUACUGUAAAAGUGUGCUCUUGCUUGUUGUUAUAGUAUUGAACACAGGUUACUGAAUUAAACUGUGGCAGCUUUUUAUGAGAACAAAAA